CGCCGCGCCCUGCCUGGCGCACCUCUCUGCUCUUCUGUAUCUCUAGCCACAGCCGCGCGCCCGGCCCUGGUCCCCGCACCAUGAGCUUCGGCUCGGAACACUACCUGUGCGCCGCCUCCUCCUACCGCAAGGUGUUCGGGGACAGCCCUCGCAUGUCCGCGCGCCUCUCCGCGGCCGGUGGUGCGGGCAGCUUGCGCUCGCAAUCGCUGUCCCGCUGCAAUGUGGCCUCGUCGGCGGCCUGCUCCUCGGCCUCGUCGCUCGGCCUGGGCCUGGCCUACCGCCGGCCGCCGGCGUCCGACGGGCUGGACCUGAGUCAGGCGGCGGCGCGCACCAACGAAUACAAGAUCAUCCGCACCAACGAGAAGGAGCAGCUGCAGGGCCUCAAUGACCGCUUCGCCGUGUUCAUUGAGAAGGUGCACCAGUUGGAGACGCAGAACCGCGCGCUCGAGGCCGAGCUGGCAGCGCUGCGGCAGCGCCACGCCGAGCCCUCGCGCGUCGGAGAGCUCUUCCAGCGCGAGCUGCGCGACCUGCGCGCGCAGCUGGAGGAGGCGAGCUCGGCGCGCGCGCAGGCCCUGCUGGAGCGCGACGGGCUGGCCGAGGAGGUGCAGCGGCUGCGGGCGCGCUGCGAGGAGGAGAGCCGCGGGCGUGAAGGUGCCGAGCGCGCCCUGAAGGCGCAGCAACGCGACGUGGACGGCGCCACGCUGGCCCGCCUGGACCUGGAGAAGAAGGUGGAGUCGCUGCUGGACGAACUGGCCUUCGUGCGCCAGGUACACGACGAGGAGGUGGCCGAGCUGCUGGCCACUCUGCAGGCAUCGUCGCAGGCCGCCGCUGAGGUGGACGUGGCUGUGGCUAAGCCAGACCUGAGUUCGGCACUGAGAGAGAUCCGCGCCCAGUAUGAGUCCCUGGCCGCCAAGAACCUGCAAUCAGCCGAGGAAUGGUACAAGUCCAAGUUCGCCAACCUGAAUGAGCAGGCGGCGCGCAGCACUGAGGCCAUCCGGGCCAGCCGCGAGGAGAUCCACGAGUACCGGCGUCAGCUGCAGGCACGCACCAUUGAGAUCGAGGGGCUGCGUGGAGCCAACGAGUCCUUGGAGAGGCAGAUCCUGGAGCUGGAGGAGCGGCACAGCGCUGAGGUGGCCGGCUACCAGGACAGCAUUGGGCAGCUGGAGAAUGAUUUGAGGAACACCAAGAGUGAGAUGGCACGCCACCUUCGGGAAUACCAGGAUUUGCUCAAUGUCAAAAUGGCUCUUGACAUUGAGAUAGCAGCUUACAGGAAGCUGCUGGAAGGUGAAGAGACACGUUUCAGCACCAGUGGCUUAAGCAUUUCAGGCCUGAAUCCACUUCCAAAUCCAGGCUAUCUGCUCCCACCCAGAAUCCUCAGUUCUACAACCUCCAAAGUCUCAUCCACUGGGCUGUUGCUUAAGAAAGAGGAGGAGGAGGAGGAGGAGGAAGCUUCUAAAGUAGUCUCUAAGAAAACCUCCCAGAUAGGGGAAAGUUUUGAAGAAAUAUCAGAGGAGACAGUAAUAUCUACUAAGAAAACCGAGAAAUCAAAUAUAGAAGAAAGUACCAUUUCAAGCCAAAAAAUAUAAUUCUCAUGCUUAAAAAAAGUUAAUGCUUAAGGGGGAAUAAUAUGCUUUUGACUUAUUAAACAGCCUAUCCUGAACCAAAACACCUGUCACCACUAUAAAAUGUCUUCAAGGCUUCAGUCUCAUAGUUAGUGUUGAAUAUUUUCUCUAAUAAGAGAAACACCCCUUAGAUUGGAGCAAACUGCUGUUUUGGAGAGAUCACAGAGGAGUUAUCUAAGAAUACAGCUUUCUCACCUAAAGCUCAGGCUUCACAGCAAUAGAUGAUUCAGGUGCAGAGGAAGUACAAACUAAGGUGCUAAAUCUGUGAUCGUCGUCAUUUGCUGUGAACAGAAAUUAAAACCUAUAUUCACUCACUAUACCCAGCCAUUACUCAGCUAUAUAGUCUCACACUAGAUACUUAAACAUAAGAUCACUGCCAAAGACAAACCAAUGGACCACAUCCUUCCCUACUCUGAUAGAACUGUUUCACAAAUGAUACGUGUCUGCUUAAUGGACACUUUCCUUUCCAUUCCCCCUCAAUUCCAUAUAUCUUUUUCUUCUAUCCAGGAAAAUAAAAAGGUUAGUAUAAUAUUCUUCCCUUUUAAAUAUAUUUAGGUUCUUUUCAAAAGAGCUUACUCCCUUGAGCUCUUCGUGCUCAAUGGGAAAAAUUAGAUGCAUGUCAGCUAUUUCUAUGAUUAGUGUAAUGACUUAUCCCUGCCCAUUUCAUACCCUUCUGAUUUUGUAGUUUAAAAAAAUGGCAGUGAUGAGUUUUAAGGGUUGCCCUCAACAAAUAAAAUACUGAAGAGUCCCUAGAUUUUAGGCUUUCAGCUUAUUCAAGUCCAUUUAAUUAGGAAAAAAAAAAUUGACCUAAUUAGAAAUAUAGCUUUUCACCUUAACUUGAGAAACACAAUAAUAGUAAUCCCAAGCUAUGAUUAAGCUGCCCUUAGAUUUAGUAAUAUAAGUUAGAAGAGGUGAGUAUUUCUAUGAAUGGAAAAAGCCAAGGUCUCAUCUGUGUCAGUUCAUUUGUGGUGAUUUAGAAUUAGCUUUUUCAUGCCCUCACCCUUAGACAGAAUCCACAUUUUCCCCUUCCCACAAGUCUAGGUCCAAAAGAGGCCUUGUUUUCACUCUCCAAUGCCUUUUAAGAGUGCUGAGUGUAGGAUAUUUUAUCACCAGGACAUGAUGUUAUUGUCCAAAAGUAAAAGAAAUAACUUCUGGUCAACCAAUACCACCAGUAGUAUAAAAAAUAAAUCUUUUUGCUAAAGGAGUUUUCCCCAACAGUUCCCAUAUUGCUGCACAGUUAGUGUGGUCUCCUUUCCCUGCUGGAGAGAAAAAGACACUCAGAACAGAGAAAGGUAUUCAUGCCCCUACUUACUUGCUAAGAAGUAGAUUCUGGAGAAUCAACUUUUCAUCCACCCAACUGUGCAGCAUCCGUAUUGCCCAGUUCUUUGUAUGUGCCAGGUUUUGUGCAGGAUUUAUUCUCUGUCAGCUGUCACUUCCACCAAAGCUUAAGAGUUUCCCACAUCUCUUUUAUACAUCUCCAUUGAGAGCUCUGGGGUGAUAAAGACACGUUGCUUUUACUGAACUUUCUUACUGUGGCACAUGCCUCGUUAGUUCAAGAAACUUAAAAGAUACUUUUCUCUUCCUCUUCUCCCUUUCCACACCCGUCUUUACUCCUCACACUUAUUGUAAGGCAUUAGUAAAAUAAGAAUUAAAAGUCGCAUAAAUCCCACCAAUA